AUGCUGUUGUCCCUGGUCUCUCUCGCGGCGCUCUUCAUCGCACCCGCACUCGCCUACGUCGAGUGUAACGUUCUCGACUACGGCGCGGUCGCCGACAAUUCUACCGAUCUUGGCCCGGCUAUUACCAAGGCGUACACUAACUGCGUCAAGGGCCAGACCACUGGCACGCCCGGAGAUGUGCUCCUGUACAUCCCGUCUGGAAACUACCGUCUUGCUAGCAAUGUUCUCCUGGACGACGUGUCCGACUUCGAGUUCCAUCUGGCAGGAUACAUCUACCUGCCCUUCGACGGCAGUCUUACGGGUACCAUGAUCGAGUUCGAGAACUGCAACAACAUCUUGUUCGAUGGCCCGGGUAGGAUCUACGGCAAUGGCUAUUGGUGGAGGCAGAACGGCGAUCUCUCUGCGUACCCCAACCGUCCGCGUCUGCUACGCUUCCAGAACUGCAACAACGUUGAGUUGACUCAGGUCACACUCUACAACGCGCCCAUGUUCCAUGUCACUAUCAUCGGGAACGACAACGUCGUGCACGACAUGGCCGUUCGUGCGGACCACAUUGGCGAGACGGACGCAUUCGACAUGUCAGGCAAUAACAACUACGUUCAUGAUGUCUCGGUCGAGAACGGCGACGAGUGUGUCACAGUAAAGACGCCGACUGACGGCUUCGUUGCUGAGAACAUCGAGUGCAGAUACACCGCUGGUUGCAACAUUGGCUCGUUCGGAAGUGCCAACACGGCUGUUGCGAUCAACAACGUUACCUUCAAUGGCGUCACGAUUUCCAACUCAGACGCGGGUACUAUGAUCAAGUCUUACCCCAACAACAAGGGAUACGUCAAGAACGUCAAGUUCGAAGGUUUUACGCUCAGCGCUGCCGCCUACCCGAUCUACAUCUCGGUGUUCUGGGAGGGCGGAACCUCCGACACCGGUUCGCUCCAGAUCUCGGACAUCUCGUACAGCGGCUUCACUGGUACCGGCACCCCGACGCGCCCUGCUGUCCUCCUCGACUGCAAUAAGGCGACGCCCUGCACGGGCAUCACGUUCUCUGGCAUCAGCAUCACCGACGCAAAGGCGGACUCCUUCACGAAUGCGUGCGGCUCUGGACUCAGCGGGCUCUCGUCGUGCUGA